GGCCUGGGAGGAGAGCCGUGAAGAUGGACGUGAAUCAGCCGAAACAGGAGCAUCUGCUGGCGCUGAAAGGGUAGCACUUCCUGAAGGUGAUAGACUGCUGCAUCUGAAUAUUGUGCUUCUGCUAAAUUGAUGAAGGAAGCACGAUCAGUGACAAUUCACUUCAUUCUGAAUGACUUAUAGAUUUGCAUUUGUGAAGGUAUAAGGAGAAAGGCUUGGUGAUAUUCAUUGGCCUCCGGUGAUUCCAUUGCUGAGACUAUUGCUUUUUGCCCAGAGCUGUCAUUCAGAUGGAAGUAGUGGUACAUUAUAGGCCUAAGCACGACUGUUCUUCUGAAGUACUAAAGAUAGCAGGAAAAUUGUUAGAAGACUUGCCACAAAAAAUUUCACAAAGAUUCAUACCAUGGUUUCCAAAUCAUAUGAAAAGUUUACCAAUGAAACCGCAGAAAUGUCCACCAACUAUUUCAUAUGAAGAAGCACAAAGAAUUAAAAAGUACUUGGUUGAUGUGGAAUUCAAAGCAGAAAGACAAAAUUAUGAUUGCACAGAGGAUCUUCUGGAAUUCUCCGUAAACCUGCAAAUGAAAGAUCAUCUUAAUCAGGUAGCUGCUGCAGAAUUUGUUCCUGAAAUGACUGAUUUACUGUGUGGAGAUACAAAUGAGGAAUAUAAAUCAGAAAGGUCAUGGAGUGUUACGAGAUACAGCAGAAUGAAAGGAUCAAACAUUUUGGCAGUUAGCCGAAGACUUCAAAUAAUUAAGGAAAAGUUCCAGCUCCAUUCUUUUCAAAGGGCAAAAUGGGUUAUUGAUCAAUCCAAUUGUAGUGCUCAGCAACUUGAAGAGAUCUGGGCUAAACUGAGUAGUGUUAUCAAACAUGGUGAUCUUCCUGGUUGUAAUGCCAAAAUACAUAGACAUCUUGGUCAAAUAUGGGUUUUCUGUGAUCUAAUGUGCUGUGAAUAUGUUGGUAAUUUUAUUAAACAAGUAUUAAAUCUUGCAGGUAACAUCAGUUUACUUGUACAUCGACAUGGUUUAAUUUAUAACUUGUAGCUAUGAAUAAUGUUAUUUCAGAACUAAAAUGUCAUUAAUAUAUAUGAAUUUCUUGCCAGUGUCUGUAGACUUUAAACAAUACAAAUUUACAUGUAAUUUUGAUAAAUGAGCAGAUUGUCUUUAAUGACCGCUUGUGUAAACUCUUAAGUAAGCUUGCAUGAUAGCCUUGGACUCUGGUCAUACUCUUCUCUGAGACAGAAUAUUGCCAAAUCCCACUUCAGAGACUUAAAUACAAAAUUUUAUUCAGUUCCUUGGUUGCAUCCUGAGGGUCUUUUACCAUAGAGAGUGGCAGUUUCUUGGAGCUGAGGAAGAUGCCAUGGCACUUUAAAAGAAAAUGUAGAGUUCGACAUUAUAGUUUUAAAAAAUAACUAUGUUAUUGUAAUCAACCUGUUACGUUAUGACACACACCUCCAGAACAGGUCUAACUCAAACACUCUGGCCCAGAUGUUCUCCCAACUAGUUACUUUCUAAUUGAUCUGUACAGAGACCUUAUUACACACCUCUGGAGCAGGACACGUUUAAACCCAGAUCCCUUGGCUCAAAGCGAAGGACACUAUUAUUGUGCCGUAAGAACCCUUAAGUUCUCUCUUGUACUAUGGACAACAUUUAUCCUUUAGUUAAACUUAUUACAACAGAUUGCUGCUGGGUCAAAUACCUGGAUCUCCCUUUCUAACUACACGAUGUGUACCUACAUUACAUCAUCUGCUGUAGUUCAAAAAGGUUGCUGAUUACCUUGUGUGAUGGACAGUAAAUGCUGAACAAUAAAUGCUGGCCUAGCCACAUCUCAUGAAUAAGUCUAUAUUUAAAAAAAAACCUAACUAUCCACAAAUUGGUUGCUACAUUUCCUGCAUGUUUAAAUGGAAAUAACCAAACUUCAGAAUUACUUAAGUAGCUAUAAAGCAUCUUGGAUUGUCCUGAGGUUAUGAAUGAUGCUACUCUAUGUAAGUAUUUUUUAGUAUAAACUUUCUCAUCAGAACAAUUUUUCCUCUUCCCAGACACUUUGCAAUUUCCUUGAACGUGUUUUCUGUAUAGAAAUACUCAUUCAUUGAUCUCGACUAAAAGUGUUUUUCAUAGAGGUGUUUUGCAGGGCAUUAGUAAAUGGUCAAUGGCAUUGUGUCAUUUUGAACUGAAAAUUAAGUUUAAUAUCCUGGUCACUUGAGUUAAUUGUUUUAGUUAGGAUAGGGAUCAUGGCUUCAGCAUUCCUGUACAUAGGAGAAUGGAAAGAUAACUAAAAUUCCAGUUUCUGGCCCCAAUCCAGUGAUUUUAGCUGAAGUAUUGAAUGUUUAUAGUGGUUGGCUGUCAACUGGAUCAUGCCAUCUUCAAAGUUGAUUGCACUGUUCAAACAAAAGCUUAUGCAUCAAGUGUUUUCCGAGUUGGUACUUAAUUAAUGGUUUCAAGGGAUGCUGAUGCUGUGGUGCAAUCUCUCAGUAUGAGGAAAGAAAGGGAAAUGAGAAUAGCAAAAGUGCAAUGCACUUUCAUUAUUUACAUUUUUAGCAGGGCAGGCGAGAUGAUGCAGUUCAGAAUUGUAUUGGAGAUGAGAAUGAAAACUGUCCAGAUUUAAUCUUGAAUGAAACAUGGUCUGCAUAAAAUGUGUAACUACAC